UGAACCAGGCCGCACAGUUGAACAGUGCACGCCAGUUGACAUCGAGCUGCGAAAACAGUUGUACGUGCCGCUUCAAUCGAUAUCGGUGUUUUGCUUAAACCGCAUGCCUACGUCACAUGAACACAUAAAUAGUGUCGCUGUUCGAUAUGUAAUUAUUGAGUGACCACUACCCGUUGAGGCCGGAAUUGUAAAAAAUUAUGUUUUGAGUGCUACAACUGCAUUACAAUGGCCUGGACACUACACUUGCUCCUUGGGAUAGCUAUCAUAUCAGCAUCUGCCUACAAAUGCAAGCACGCUUUACAAGCGAACGCUCAACUACCACUGACACGCACUCAAAAUGGAACUAAAGUUGUAAACUUACAAAGUAGAACAGGUGAAAGUAACGACCAAAUCGUAUUUCCAGGUCUAACUUCUGGCGACAUAGAAUUGGAAAUACCUGAUCAUUGCAAGAAGAUCGGUAUAUGUGACGAUGUUCCCAACUACCCAACUGAGGAAGUGGAAAAAAUUAUAGCAGAGACUCCAGAGUUAACGAAAGAAACUGACAACCUUGACUUGCCUGAUGUUCCAGACAUCGCCCAAAGAGUAGGACCCAUGGAAGACAAUAUCGAGCUGUGCAAUAUUCAAGAAAAGGUUGUAUACCCGAAAGCUGCGGUAGACGCUUCAGGCAAUUGGCAUGUGGUGCUCAAUAAAGAAGAGGAUCCUAUUCAGGGUUUCAGAGUAGAGAUUUGCGAUACCGACGGUGAUCCGUGUUUAGGAUUUGCUUAUUUCGCAAAGGGAUACGAGGCCCGGUGCAAACAAAAGUAUGUGUAUCGCAACAUGCACGUGCUUAGCAAUGGUGGAAAAGUGGAGAAAAAACUGAAAGUGCCCAGUUGUUGCGCUUGUGUCGCCAGACAAGUUUUGACUUAAACCAAUACUUAAACCAUAACUAAUUUAUAUUAGAAUGAGGACCGAAGAACUUUGUUUAGACCAAUUCUGCAUAUAGAACGAAACCCACUAUAAAUAUUAUAUAUCGUGUACAACAAUUCCUAGGCUGUUGUGAGUUAUUUGUAAAUGUUAUCAUGUAGAACUUAUGUUGGACUUGAAAUGUGUUAUAAUAAGUCCUAAUGUCAGUUACUAACAUUAUGUACUUUAGCUGAAUUAAUAAAUCAUUUGUUAAUUAAAUCAAUGAUAGAUGCCAACUGUUGUACAUAUACUGUAUAGGCAGUUAUUGUUGGCAAUUUUGAAUGUACAUAUUUGUAUAAUAAAGAGAAUUAUUAGAAGAUCUUACAACAACACAACUUCCUAACUGAUUAUUAUGUAGCAUAAUUCUAUACUUGCUAUGAUGUAUAGCAUUUUGAGUAUUUAUAUUUUGCGUAUACAAUUGAGUAAAUAAAUAUAUCUGGUCCACAUAAUUCUUACAAAUUGCAGUCUCAAAAUAUCAGUUUUGAAAGCAAAUGAAGACUUAGGUCCGAAACUAAACAUGGCUAAGAGGCUAUUUAAUAAGUCAUUUCAUAAAAGUACUUUUAUGUAUGGGAAUAUAACAAUAAUAAUAAAAAAUAUGGGAUGCAAAUAAAAAAAAGUAUCUCGACUGUUAUGUGCCGGUUACGGCCAAUGGUCUAAUAGGCAAGAGCCUCGACUCAACUCCUCAUUAGGCUCUCGUUAGGCGAUUGGAUCAAGGGGCUGAUCUUCUCUGAAUUACCUACUCCUUUGACCCUGUGCCCGAUAUCGGCGGCCACCUGUUUUUUAUAUUUUUAAAUAUUUUUAUUUUAUGUCGGUAAUAUAUUUAAUAUUUAAAAAUGUAAUGAAUAUGUUUAUAAAUGAAUAAACGAGAUUAUAAAAAAAAUAUGGGUUGCUUUACAUAUAUAAAUUCAUGUAAUUAUUUCAAUGUAUUUGUAUGUGACAUCAAUUAAGUGAUUAAAAAUGAUAAUUCAAACAUACAUUGCUGUACGCUAAUGUUAUAAACGAUUAAAAAAUACCAACAUUACAUAGGUAGGUACACUUUGUACAAUAUUGAAGUUUUUGGAAAUUUUGUAGCAAUGUAAGUGACACGACAUAUUAAACUUGUGACAAAAUUGUGAAAAAAGCAUUAUAUUGUUUAUAUUAACAUGAUAAUAGUUGUCAAUCUAAAAAUACUUGGAUACAUUAUACACCUGUGAAAUAUCGAUAACCUACCGAUAGUCAUUUCUAAGAAUAAACAUUGUCUAGAUAAAAAUAAAAAAUAAACGAAUAUCAAUUAAAA